GCGGCGGCGGCGGCCCGGGCUUCGGCUGUCGGGGAAGCUGCUGAGCUGUGAUGGUGAUGACGAGGUGAAAAUGGCGGAUCUUUCGAAAUACAAUCCCGGCCCCUGACAUACCAGAGGCGGCGGCCGUGGCGGCGUCGCCACCCGGGCUCCCUCCUCGGCCCACGGGAUCCCUGUAGCGCUCCAGUUCGGGCAGACUGGGGAAGGAAGAGGCUGGCCGGAGCUACCGUGCACAGGCAAAACAAGCACCGCCCGGGCUCGGAAUUGCCCGGGACCUUCUGGAGUCCCCACCUCGGAGCCGGAGGGAGGAGACAGCGGCAGCCGCCGGAGUGCCCGGUCAGCUUUCUAGCAGGAGAACGAUCAUGGAGGUGGUGCCAGCUGAGGUGAAUAGUUUGCUUCCAGAGGAGAUAAUGGACACUGGUAUAACUUUAGUGGAUGAUGAUGGUAUUGAGGCUGUUAUUGUUUCAUCCCCAAUUCCCAUGGAGACAGAACUGGAAGAAAUUGUCAACAUAAGUUCUACUGGUGACUCUACAGCCACGCCCAUUUCCACGGAACCAAUAACAGUGUACAGUAACCACACUAACCAAGUUGCAGUGAAUACCACAAUUACUAAAGCAGAUUGUAAUACCACAGUGAAACCAGCUUUUCCAAGUGGCCUUCAAAAACUUGGUGCUCAGACUCCUGUGACUAUAUCAGCCAAUCAGAUUAUUUUAAACAAAGUAUCACAGACAUCUGAUCUUAAACUUGGCAAUCAGACCCUUAAACCAGAUGGACAGAAGUUAAUUUUAACAACUUUGGGCAAGUCUGGUUCACCAAUUGUUUUAGCACUACCCCAUAGCCAACCCCAGGCUCAGAAAGUUACAACUCAGGCCCAGUCAGGAGAUGCUAAGUUACCACCGCAGCAAAUUAAAGUAGUUACCAUUGGAGGGAGGCCAGAGGUGAAACCUGUCAUUGGUGUCUCAGCAUUGACCCCAGGAAGUCAACUGAUUAAUACUACAACUCAGCCCUCUGUGUUACAGACCCAACAGUUAAAAACAGUACAGAUUGCGAAGAAGCCUCGAACACCAACCUCUGGUCCAGUAAUCACGAAGCUGAUCUUUGCAAAACCAAUUAAUAGUAAAGCAGUUACAGGACAGACAACUCAAGUAUCACCACCAGUCAUUGCAGGUAGGGUUCUUUCACAGUCUACUCCCGGGACUCCAUCAAAGACCAUAACAAUAUCUGAAAGUGGUGUUAUUGGAUCAACUUUAAAUUCUACAACACAGACACCAAAUAAAAUAGCCAUCUCACCUUUGAAAUCGCCAAAUAAGGCAGUGAAAUCAGCUGUGCAGACCAUCACUGUUGGAGGAGUGAGCACAUCACAGUUUAAGACAAUUAUUCCUCUGGCAACUGCUCCCAAUGUCCAGCAGAUUCAAGUGCCCGGAAGCAAGUUUCAUUAUGUCCGACUUGUUACUGCCACAACAGCCAGUAGCUCAACCCAGGCAGUUAGUCAGAAUCCCAGUACAAACACUCAGCCUCUUCAGCAAGCAAAGCCAGUGGUCGUUAAUACCACCCCAGUGCGGAUGUCAGUGCCACUUGUCUCAGCGCAGACUGUCAAACAAGUUGUUCCGAAACCAAUCAAUCCAACUUCCCAAAUAGUCACCACCAGCCAGCCGCAGCAGCGGCUUAUCAUGCCUGCCACCCCACUGCCACAAAUCCAGCCAAACCUCACGAACCUGCCACCAGGCACUGUGCUGGCACCGGCUCCGGGAACAGGGAACGUCGGCUAUGCGGUGCUUCCUGCUCAGUAUGUGACUCAGCUACAGCAGUCUUCCUAUGUGUCUAUAGCGAGCAACUCUAACUUUACCGGAACACCUGGUAUCCAGACCCAGUCAAGGCUUCCAUUCAAUGGCAUAAUGCCAUCAGAGUCUGCCAGUCGGCCCAGAAAGCCUUGUAAUUGUACAAAAUCGCUGUGUUUGAAAUUAUACUGUGAUUGCUUUGCAAAUGGUGAAUUUUGCAACAACUGCAAUUGUACUAAUUGUUAUAAUAACUUGGAACAUGAAAAUGAAAGGCAAAAAGCAAUAAAGGCAUGCCUUGACAGAAAUCCAGAAGCUUUUAAGCCCAAGAUAGGGAAAGGAAAGGAGGGAGAAUCAGAUCGACGUCACAGCAAAGGAUGUAAUUGCAAACGAUCAGGAUGUCUUAAAAACUACUGUGAAUGCUAUGAGGCAAAAAUAAUGUGUUCCUCAAUAUGCAAAUGUAUUGGCUGUAAGAAUUUUGAAGAAAGCCCAGAAAGAAAGACAUUGAUGCACUUGGCAGAUGCAGCCGAAGUAAGGGUACAGCAACAAACAGCAGCAAAGACUAAGUUAUCCUCUCAGAUUUCGGACUUGCUUACUAGGCCAACACCAGCUUUGAAUAGCGGAGGAGGAAAAUUGCCAUUUACGUUUGUCACUAAGGAAGUAGCUGAAGCCACGUGUAAUUGCCUUCUUGCCCAGGCAGAGCAGGCAGACAAGAAGGGGAAAUCAAAGGCAGCAGCUGAACGGAUGAUACUUGAGGAAUUCGGGCGAUGUUUGAUGAGCGUCAUCAACUCUGCAGGAAAAGCAAAAAGUGACCCUUGUGCCAUGAAUUGCUAACUCUUGCACAAAAGACUGAUAAAUCGAACUGUACAGAAAAUUGAAGGUGCAGGGACACUUGAUUUUCUGGAAGAUAGUUUAACAAUUAUUGUAUUGUUAAUUCAGUCUUGUGAGACCUGACAUAAUAUUGAAAGAGGAGAAAUUUUAAACGAGGAAAUUACAUUUUAAAUCUUAGUUAAAUCUGCUUAUGCCCCUUCUAAAUUGAAUUUUUCUUUAUUGUAUUAUAUAGAUUUUUAAUGUGCUUGGGUUUCUUAAGAACUAGAUGUUCUGUCCUUCUGAUUCUAUUGACAAAGAACAUUUACAAAUUACUAUUAUAUAAUUUAUAAUGUAUGGCGUUGUAUGACUUUGUUCCAGUAGAAAAAGCCAAAGAAGCACUGGUAUUACCCAGUCAUUCUUUGGUACUAGAUCUAGAAUAUAAGCAGAUAGAAUGUCUACAUAAACAAAGUCUUAUGAAACAUAUUCAAAUGACAUUUUGUCUUUAGAAAAGCACUAUCUUUUUUAAAAAAACCAACUUUUUAGGGUGGAUUCUGGAAUAUAUCCUGUUGUCACUUUGGGAAUUGUCAGAAGGGGAAGUACUCCGUAGGCACACUUUAAAAAAGUUAUUUUGUUUUUUUAAAAAACAUAUAAAGUGUUAACAGACAGAAAGUAAUUCUCCAAGGACAGACAAUUUGUUUCUGUAAUAAGGAGUGACUAAGAAAUGCUCUGGGGUGUUUCCAUUUUCUUUCAAGGAGGCAGUAUGUAUUUGAAAUAAUAAAUUGUCAGUGAUUAAGGGGUACUAUUAAAAUGAGCGGUGCAUAUGAAUAGAAGUAAACAUUAUGAUUAUGUAGUGACAAAAUAGAACCUUACAUAAUUACCAGUUAACAAAUUUGGCUUGGAUGGAGAAAUAAAGAAUAUUGAAGCUCUAAGAGAUGAAUUUAGAGAAGGAUUUUUCAUCUAUACAGUUCUUUUUAUAGACUUUUGAACUAAGAGGUUUCAAACCAAUCUAUGACUCUUACUUGAUUUACUGAAAGGGGCCUCCUAACAAAGCUUUCAAAAUUGUAGUGGGAUUUCUUUUUAUAAGGGAAGCUUAUUAUGGCAUUAUUUUUAGCCAGUGAUUUGGUUAGCUAAAGGUAUGAGUGUUUUCAUAUAAUUACUAAGAUAACCUAAAUCAUUUUCAGUAAUUCAGAAUUCAAAAGCUUUAUGAAUUUAAGAGCCUGUUACAAUAGGACUCUGGAUUUUAUGAUGCGAAAAAACCAUGUUGGAAUUCAGGCAUUUUGCUAGGUACCUUAAUCCUCAGUAAUUAGUAGUAUAUGAUUAUUACAUUUCCUACAAGGUAUCUAUAGUUGUAUGUAUUAAGUGUGUAUAUAUGUUCAUAUGAACAUGCAAGAUAUAGGCAAUAGAAAUUAAGUAAUCCAAAAAAGAUUCCGUUAUUCAUUAAGCAUUUUCCUUUUAAAAUUUGGAUUUAUAAAAUUAUAGUGCAGUAACUUUAAAUGUAGAUAGUGCAAACAUUCUUAGCACCUCAAUCUAGUAUGUUUAAUUAAAAUUUGUAAAAAUGUAAACUAGUGUAAGAGGAUAAAAUAAUAUCUAAUCAAGUUAUUUUUCAAAAGAUUACAAUACCUUUUUUGUCUAAACCUAAACUUUGUUCAUUCUGUACAUAUUCUGUGUUUAAUUCUAAUUGCACCUUUGUGAUGUGUAUUUAUAUACAGUGUGCAUAAAAUGUUUGUGAAAUUUGGAUUACAGUUGUAGAUUAUGUAUGACGGCAUUGCUUGAGAAUGUUUUGCUUGUAAAAAUUUGAAGGUGCAAUCAAAUGCUACUAGUUUUUCUGAUUUUCAGGAAGCUAUCUAAAGUAUUAAGACUUUUCCUUCCUGUGUAGUACUUACUAAACAACUUUUUGUAUUUAGGCAUUUGCAUCAAAUUGCUGAACAAGAUUAAUAUCCACAUUAAUUCAACAAUUUUAAAAGACUAUUUGGGGAGGGUUGGGUAUAUAAUUUUUUAGCUCUAUUUACAUCCCAAAGUAGAAAGAUUAAAUUUAUAUUUACUAGAGCUAUUCAAAGAAUACACUUUUCUAUAUUGUAAAAACAGGACAGCAAAGUAAAUCAUACAGAAAAUAAACAUUUAUACUAUUCUGUAAAAAAAGGGUUUGCAUUUUUUCUUUAAUAACACCACUUUUAACCAUUUAAGAUGUAAGAAACCUUUUAAAAUAUCUGAUAUUAAGUAAAUUUGACAUGACUUCUGAAAGCACACAACUAAAAAAUAAAUCUAUCAUUUUGCCCAGUUA